GUGAAUGCUUAUUGGUUCCUUACGUAGACUGAAUUCAUAUCAAAUAGUCACCAUACCCUCCUUUAUUAUAUCGAAUCGGUUCAAGCCAGCAUGGAAGAAGACAAAGAAGAAAGGAAGCUUAUUUUCAACAACAACAACAGAUGAACCAUCAGAACCUGAACCACCACAACACUAUUACUGCUGUGAAUCUGGAUGUGCUAAUUGUGUAUGGAUAGACUAUGCUGAACGUUUAUUUGAAUAUCAUAUGAAGAGAAUUCAAAACCAGAGGUCCUCUAAUAUUAUGGAUAAAAACGAAGACGAAAGAAAUGUUAAGUGAAUUAGUUAACAGACUACGAAAUGAAAUAAAUCAAGUAGAAGAUUGUAGUGUACGAGCAUUUCUACUCACUGAAAUAGCAAUUAAACGAGAAGAGAUAUUGAAAUCUUUACAAAAAGAUGCUUGAUUAAUUAUAAACUCUGCUUUGUACUUACCUAGCACCCCUUAACUUUAUUGUGCUGUGAUUUCAAAGGUUUAGUAAAAUAUAGUAUAUAUAAUAAAAAUUACACUGUGCAUAAUUAUUUAAUUAUCACAAAUUUGGAAGCAUUAAUUAUUUGAAGUUAAUUGGUGAUGGUGACUAGCAGUGGAAUACAGCCAAGAUGCGUAUUUCGUCCUAUUUUGGACUCGUCAACUGGAUGUACUUGCAC